GAGAAUCCAGCAGAUGAAAAGCCAAAUGAGAAUCCAGCAGAUGAAAAGCCAAAUGAGAAUCCCAAUGAGGACCCAUCUAAUGAUCAUAAUAGCUCUGAUGAAGAAGGUCAUACAGCUAUGGUUCUUUGUUUGAAAAAUGGAGUAAAGAGAAGUUUAACUGAUUGGUGGCAGCCAUCUGCUUUGUAA